UGACGAGUUCGUUCUGCACCGGAAGUCCAUGCACUGCGGAUGUGGUGCCUACUAACUGCGGCUUCCCUCGCUUUCGGUUCUUUCUCCUGCUGGGUAUUUGCGUCUCACCAUGGCGCCCAAGGGCAAAGUGGGCACGAGAGGGAAAAAGCAGAUAUUUGAAGAGAACAGAGAGACGCUGAAGUUCUACCUGCGCAUCAUCCUGGGGGCUAAUGCCAUUUACUGCCUUGUGACCUUGGUCUUCUUUUACUCAUCUGCCUCAUUUUGGGCCUGGAUGGCCCUGGGCUUUAGUCUGGCAGUAUAUGGGGCUAGCUACCACUCUAUGAGCUCGAUGGCACGGGCAGCCUUCUCUGAGGAUGGGGCCUUGAUGGAUGGUGGCAUGGACCUCAACAUGGAACAGGGCAUGGCAGAGCACCUUAAGGAUGUGAUCCUGCUGACAGCCAUCGUGCAGGUGCUCAGCUGCUUCUCCCUCUACAUCUGGUCCUUCUGGCUUCUGGCUCCAGGCCGGGCCCUUUACCUCCUGUGGGUGAAUGUGCUAGGCCCCUGGUUCACGGCAGACAGUGCUGCCCCAGCACCAGAGCACAAUGAGAAACGGCAGCGCCGACAGGAGCGGCGGCAGAUGAAGCGCUUGUAACCGUUGACAUGGCCACAGGCUGUUAGCCCUGGGUGGCCCUUAGCGGGCUGCCUGGCCCUCACGCCUGGAGCUAUGAGGGGCCUGGUCCAGGGGUCAAAGCAGUCUGGAGUGUAGGAUUGCUGAAUAAAUGGCUUAGGCUGUGA